ACCGUUUUACGAAUAUCAGUGAACGUUCCAGUCAGUCAGUCAGUCUUGUUAUAGUCAAAAUAUAUAUGCCCAAAAUUCCGCGAAUCUCUUUCUCUCAGCACCGGCCCCGGGUUCAGUCAAAUUCGAAGUUCGACAUCAUCUGAGGUUAGCUCUUGUUCUUCACAUUUAGAAAGCGAAAAAUUAUACUCCAAAUGGCACACACCACAAGACUGCUCGUGACAGCUGGCAAUUUCCUAAAAAGUGCCAGCAAUCCCAUCUCCAUGACUGCGAGAUCCUCUUGUUCAUGGUGGUCUCAUGUUGAAAUGGGACCACCAGAUGCCAUUCUGGGAGUCACUGAGGCAUACAAGAGAGAUCAAAAUUCAAAAAAAAUCAAUUUAGGUGCUGGCGCUUAUAGGGAUGACAAUGGCAAACCGUAUGUUCUUCCGAGUGUUCGGAAGGCAGAAGAGAAAAUACGAAUUAAAGAAAUGGACAAGGAAUACUCCACAAUUGCUGGUAAUAUCGAGUUUUGCCAGCAUAGUAUUAAUCUAGCUCUUGGAGAUGGAAAUGAAGUUGUUGCAAAUGGAUUGAACGCAACAGUCCAAGGAAUUUCCGGUACUGGUUCUCUCUUUAUUGGAGCACAAUUUCUGUCUCAUUAUUUUCCUGGCAAUAAGGACAUUUAUUUACCAACUCCUUCAUGGGGGAACCACAAUCCUCUAUUUAAACUUGCCGGGCUUACAGUCAAAUCUUACCGCUAUUAUGAUCCAAAAACGUGUGGUUUAGAUUUUAAAGGAGUAAUGGAAGAUAUAUCAAAUAUUCCUGAGAAAUCAAUUAUCCUUCUACAUGCAUGUGCUCAUAAUCCUACUGGUGUCGAUCCCAAACCGGAACAAUGGGGAGAAUUGUCUACUCUGAUUAAGAAGAAGAAUCUGUUCCCAUUUUUUGACAUGGCAUAUCAAGGCUUUGCCUCAGGAGAUCUUACAAGAGAUGCUUAUGCAGUUAGACUAUUUAUUAAGGAAGGUCACAAAAUUGCUUUAGCUCAAUCCUAUGCAAAGAAUAUGGGUCUUUAUGGUGAGCGCAUUGGAUCGUUCAGUCUAGUGACGUCUAGUAAAGAUGAAGCUGCACGCACUUUGUCACAACUGAAGAUUCUGAUUAGGCCCAUGUAUUCAAACCCACCCAUUUACGGAGCUCGUAUAGUUAAUGAAAUCCUCAGCAAUCCUGAACUGCGAAAGGAGUGGUUACACGAUGUAAAGGGUAUGGCCGAUCGCAUCAUCUCGGUUCGCACAAAGUUGCGUGAUAAUCUGAAAAAGAACGGUAGCACUCGUAACUGGUCUCACAUCACCGAUCAAAUCGGGAUGUUCUGUUAUACUGGUCUAAAGCCGAACGAGGUAGAAAAACUUACAAAGGACUUUAGCAUUUAUUUGACUAAGGAUGGCCGUAUUUCCAUGGCUGGUGUAACGUCGAAAAAUGUAGAAUACUUGGCACAUGCAAUGCACGAAGUUACCAAGUAACUUACUAUUUGACAAUUAAAUAUACUAUCAUUUCAUCCGAAACCGCCCUGUCAUUAUCCAAUGAUAAUAUAUAGCGCUCACAAUCUAUUUUAUACAAACUGAGCAAGUGGAAGUGACAAUUUUUAUCAAAAUAGAAAAAUAUAUAGAAAACCACGCAGCACGGAUAUGAAUCUUUUUCAAGUUUAUACAGUCAAUAUUUAUUUUGAUUUAUAUGUGAUAAAUAUAUCAAACAUCCAUUCGAUUUUUAAAUAUU